CCAAGUACGGUACUCGUACGAACACCAACAACCACACAAGCACCCAAAGCAUCAUUCGGUGCUACUUACACCAAGUCGUAUUGCAAUCGAUUCUAUUUGAUUGCAACCUAGUGCUACUCUACAGUAUCCGAUUCCGAUUCCGAUUCCCAUUCCUAUGGACAACAAUGCCUUUAAGGACUUGGUGCGAACGCACAACACCAAAACGGACGAAGCAGCCUCUUCGAGCAGCACCAAGGCCAUAGCUCGCAGGGCCGUGGAAGAAGAGUUCCGCACCCGGAAGAAACGAAAGCGCGGUGGCGGCUAUGCGUCGUCGUCCGACGACGACGACGACGAAGCCAAGGACGGGAAGGACCACCGAAAGAAGGGGCAGAAGGGAAAGAAAAACGACGCGGACGAGGACGCCGCCGAGCGCGAGGCCGUUCGAAAGGACCUGUCGGAACGGUACCGGGACCGUGCGAAGGAACGGCGGGAGGGAGGCGGCAUCGAUUCCAGCGGCAACAACAGCAACAGCAACAGCAGCAACGCCCACCUGCUUCUCGUUCCCCACGGAAAAAAGGGACUCGAUCUCGCACUCCUGAGAAAGGAGCGAAAGAGACUCCGCAAGAAAGAGGAAGACAGCGGUGCUGCGAAUGCGAAUGCCAAUGCUCCAACCACAAAACCCCCUAGCAAUUUCGAUGGCGUUCGUAGCGGCAUCCCGUCGAUGCACGAAGCGCACCGCAUACUCCGGGAAUGUUUGGAGAGCGUCGACGGCAACGGCAACGGCAAUAGCAGCGACGAUCCCGUCUCCGGCAAGGCAUUCCCGAGCGCCCCCAUGGUGGAAUACCUAAGGGAGCUUCUGCGGUGGAAGGCCCUCGACCCCGCGGCGUGGGACGGAACAAGCACCCAAACCGCUGCCGGGGGUCUGGCCGGGCGCACGUCCUACGCCCUGGCCAUCGACGGGGACCCCAGGGACACGGAACGGGCGUGGGAGGUCCCGCGGGCGUUGGCGGCAAGGGGAGGAACCAUUGAAGSCCACAAGGGCCGCUCGUGGCUGCCGGUCGGGGAGCAAAGGGCCGUCGAGGCGGUCUUUGCCCGCCGCACCAGCGUCCGCGCGAAGCUCCUGUCGUCGCUCCCGGAACAAGGGGGGGGAGGGGUCCCGAACGAAAGCCCGGGACCGAAAAAGGCCGGGAACAAGGUCGACGACUAUUUCAACGACGAGAGCGACAGCAACGGCGAUGGCGACGACGACGACGACGACGACGACAUGUUUGGAGGCCUCGACGAUUGAUGCAUCUCUAACAACAAACGGAAUCCGUGACGCGGUUUCGCGACGAAAGCAAUCCCCAAAGAAAGAGCAGCGGUGAAGCAACUGCAAAAACAUCGCACCAAUGGAUUCGAUUCGCUCCCCGACGAACUUUUGGAAUCGCCGACACGGACAAGAGACGGGAGAUCAUCCCAGCAUCCAUCCCUGAUCGACAAGAAUUAUUGUUUUCGUUACACGGGUAAGACUAACACUAUCGACUUGUUGAGACCGCUUGCGAACCAAACCAUAAUGGAAAGAUCGGAGAGUCUCAACAAUCUAAGGGCAUUUGGAGUCUCCGGAAAACAUCGUUGGGAUAUUCAAUUAACAACACACAGAUCC